CAACAGGUCCAAUUUUUGGUGACACAAUUGGAAAUGGUAAAAGAGUCUCCAGUCUUAUAUGUGUGUCAUUGUGCUCGUGGACGGCAACCCAAUAAGAUGCAACUGAGUUCUAGAGGCAGCAUGGAGCAGUGAUCAUAUGGUUGGUGUUUCAAAAAAUCUGGAUUAUCAUUUGGAACAAAUUCCUCAACAACUGCAUUAAAGAAUAAGGAGCAACUUGUCCGCUCAGGCCUCUCUCAGUGAGAGUGGGGGCCAUUCCUAUGGUGGCCAGCCAAUGCCUUGCCAUGGGCAAUGGUUCGAUAAAAUCCCCACGGCCUGAGGAGAACAGCUGCCUGGCCUCCAUCCACACAGACCCUUCUGGCCUGGACUCACAUGUCCUCAGGUUACGGAUUACCGACCUGGAAGCAGAGCUGGCACAUCGGGACCAACAGUUUCGAGCCCAGGAGCUUCAGUUACAGCAUCUCCAAAGCGAACUGGAGGCCAAGAUCUCCCAGAUCGACAAGCUCCAGGAUGCUAUUGGCUACAAUAACACCCUGGGCCACUUUCUGCCGGCCCUGUGCUGCAACAGCAACCACCGCUUCAGUGUCAUCGACCAGGGCCCAAGCCGUUUCCACAGGGUGGCUGUGGAGGUCCAUCGCAGGCUCAAAGCAAAAGAGGGCGUGUCUGCUGAACCCACCUCUGAGAACUUUUGUGGAGGGUUCAGAGAAGCACACAUGUCCAUUGGAAAGUCUGUCUGCAAAGACACACUCAUAAAGAAGCUCAUAAAUGAGGCCAUCAUGAACAAUGACUUUCUGAAAAAGCUGGAACCACAGCACAUGAGAGAGAUGGUGGACUGUAUGUAUGAGAAGGUUUACACAGAGGGACAGCUUGUGAUCCAGGAAGGAGAACCUGGAAACUACCUCUAUGUACUGGCAGAUGGCUUGCUGGAGGUCAUCCAGAAUGGGAAGCUGCUGGGUGACAUGCGUCCUGGCACGGCGUUUGGAGAACUGGCCAUACUGUACAACUGUAAGAGAACAGCCACCAUCAAAGCUGUGUCCCAGUCUCAUAUCUGGGCGCUGGAUCGCCAGACUUUCCAGACCAUCAUGAUGCGGACCACACAGGCCAGACAUGAGGAGUACUUCAGCUUUCUGCGCAGUGUGUCUCUGCUGCGACGACUGCCUGAGGAGAAACUAGCCAAGGUUGUUGAUUGUCUUGAGGUGGACUACUUUGAAAAAGGAGAGUAUAUUAUCCGAGAGGGUGAAGAAGGGAACACUUUCUUCAUAAUUGCCAAAGGAGAGGUCAUAGUCACUCAGAGCACUGAAGGGUUGGCUGAACCACAGGAAAUCAAGUCACUGGGAGCUGGAGACUACUUUGGAGAGAAAGCUCUGAUCAGUGAAGAUGUUCGCUCAGCCAACAUCAUCUGCAAUGAGAAUGACACCCACUGCCUGGUGGUGGACAGAGACAAUUUCAACCAAAUGGUGGGAACUUAUGAGGAGCUUCAGGCUUACCUCAAGGAAUAUGUGGAAGAGCUUUCCAGGAGUGAUGAGAGGAGAAAUGCCCUACCCCACUCACCUCAGGUUGACUCUGCAGAAGCCCAGGAGCUGAGGAGGCUGAGGGAGAAGAUUGCUCUCCUACCACCACAUCAUCCUUUCCAGGAGCUCAAGGCCAUCGCUACACUGGGCAUGGGAGGAUUUGGACGAGUGGAGCUGGUAAAACUGAAGGAUGAGGACACCACGUUUGCUUUGAAAUGCAUUAAGAAGAAACACAUUGUGGACACCAGACAGCAGGAGCACAUCUACUCUGAGAAAAACAUCCUACAGCAAACAAACUCAGCAUUUAUUAUCAGGUUAUUCCGGACAUUUCGGGAUGAUAAAUUUGUCUACAUGCUGCUGGAGGUGUGUCUUGGUGGAGAGCUGUGGACUGUGCUGCGGGAUAUGAGUUAUUUUGAUGAGCCCACAACCAGGUUCUGUACUGGUUGUGUCUUAGAGGCCUUUGAAUACCUCCACACUAUGGGCAUCGUCUAUAGAGACCUGAAACCUGAAAACCUUCUACUGAAUGCUGAGGGUUACGUCAAAAUGGCAGAUUUUGGCUUUGCUAAAAAAAUAGGCCUUGGAAAGAAGACUUGGACAUUCUGUGGGACUCCAGAGUAUGUGGCCCCAGAAGUCAUUAUGAACAAAGGCCAUGACUUUGGAGCUGACUGCUGGUCCUUGGGAAUCCUCAUAUUUGAACUUCUAACUGGCAACCCGCCCUUUGCUGGCUCAGACCCUAUAAAGAUUUACACCAUGGUCCUCCAUGGCAUUGAGAAGGUGGACUUCCCAAAGAGAAUAGGGAAGCGUCCAGACGACCUCAUCAGGAGACUCUGCAAGCUAAACCCAGUGGAGAGGCUGGGGAACAAAAAGAAUGGCAUCAUUGACAUCAAGAAACACAAGUGGUUCCAGGGUUUCAACUGGGAGGGUUUGAGGUGUCACAGGCUGCUGUCUCCGUUGAGAAGAGAGCUGAAGGGGCCGAUGGAUCACAGUCAUUUUGAUAUGUUUCCUCCUGAAACAGAGGAGCCUCCUGAUGAGCUUUCUGGCUGGGAUAAAGACUUCUGAGGACUUUGAUCAUCUCAAUUCUACAGCAGUGGAUUCGUGUCAUGAAUCUGAAGUGGGUUAGCAACCUUAACUUUGGCUUCUCACUUUCACAGUUACUUUAAAUGGAGCACAUUACCAUGGUGAGAAAAGUAAUGUUUCCUCCUUUUUCUUAACCUUUAUUGUAUAAACUAUCAUAUAAACUACUAAUUGCAUUUUCAUGAAUGACACAAAACAAAGAUUAAAAGCUCUCCAACAUGGUCCCUUACUGGAUAUAAAAUAGGGUUUCUGUAUUUGCAGCUGCAAACUCAACUCAGCUCAGCCUUCAGAAACAUAAGAUGACUAUCUAUGUGAUAGAUUCAACUUUUCACAUCAUCAAUGAGCCCUUUACCACUGCAGGAGCUUAACACCCUAAUAUGAUUUCCUAAAGAAGAAGGCAGUUCCUUGUGUUUUCAUAGUAUUUGAAAGACCAGUACUUUUUAGAUUGAAAGGUUAUGUCAGGAGAA